GAUCUGGGGCAGGCGGAGUGGGGAGCAGCUUGCGCCGAAAGGGUCGGGCUGGUUGGUCGAGUCCCGCUGAAAACUUCAGAGGGGCGAAGUCCAGCCUGACUGCGAGGGAGACGGGGUGGAAGUUAAUGUGUGAGAGCGUGCUGGGAACAACAUCACACGUCUGUUUUUUAAAGAAAUGCUCCAAAGAUGGCGGUGGUCAUAACGACAGGAGUUUCAGGUGCCUCCGGAGUACCAAAAAGUGGAUUUCUUGAGGUUUCGGUGCGGGAGCAGUGGCACAAAGUUUUGGUCAACUUAAACGAGGAAGCGCUUACGUUAAGCUGCGAGGAGGGCUACGGGAACGAGAGUGUCGACUCCAACGGCGUUUCUAACGGAUCCUACCUUGAUAACAAUAACGCAAACUCCAACAACGGUCCCCAAACUGUGCGCACUGCGUUCACGGACCUCCCGGAUCGAGUGCCGGAGUCGAUUGCCAACAGAAAGCGGUGCGUUAAGGUGAGCAAGCAGGAGGUCGGAGGACUCGGGAUCAGCAUCAAAGGUGGGAAGGAGAAUAAAAUGCCCAUCCUCAUCAGUAAGAUAUUCAAGGGACUCGCAGCGGACCAGACCCAGGCGCUUUAUGUCGGGGACGCCAUCCUGUCCGUGAACAGCGUAAACCUGCGGGACGCGACCCACGACGAGGCUGUGCAGGCGCUGAAACGGGCCGGGAAAGAGGUGACACUGGAAGUGAAGUACAUGCGUGAGGCCACACCGUAUGUCAAAAAGGGCUCCCCUGUGUCAGAGAUCGGCUGGGAAACCCCCCCUCCUGAGUCUCCUCGCCUCGACUGCCCGACCAUCAUCUCCUCUUCCUCCUCCUUCUCCACAUUUGACCCUGCGAGCUCUCCUACGCAGCCCUCCCUGUCCCCGCAGGGCGACAGGAGGCGCAUACCACUCAAGAUGUGUUGUGUAACCCGAGCCAUGACCACACCAGACCCCGAGAACAGACAACUGGAGCUGCACUCCCCUGACGUCAGGCACACCGUGGUGCUGCGGUGCCCCGACCAACUAUCUGCCCUGUCCUGGUUCUCUGCCAUGCACUCGGUCACAUCCAAACUGGCACAGCGGGCGCUGGCAGAGGUCAUCCAGAGCACAGCCAGGACGGGGGUAGCUGGCAGCAAAGAAAUACGACACCUGGGGUGGCUGGCAGGGAAGACAGAGAGUGAGAAGCAAAGCUGGAAGCCGGUGCUGAUGGUGGUGACGGCCAAAGACCUGCUGCUGUAUGAGAGUCUACCGCGGGGCAAGGAAGCCUGGCAGAGCCCUGCACACACGUACCCACUUUUAGCAACCCGACUGGUCCACUCGGGCCCUGACCGGGGGUCGCCACACUCGGGCACAGAACUGUUCUUUGCCACUCGGACCGGCACACGACUCGGCAUCGAGACUCACCUGUUCCGGGCAGAGACCACCAAGGACCUGUCCCUGUGGACCAGACACAUCGUCAACGGGUGUCACGCCUCAGCUGAGAUGAUCAAAGAAGUCACGACAAGUUGUCUGUACCAGAGUCAGGAGUGUCGGCUGGUGAUUCACUACGAGCAGGGCUUCUCCGUGCUGGCUGACCCCAAACAGGGAGAUGGGGAAGAUGUGGAGGAGAGAGGAGCUCACACAGCGACCAGGCCGCGGCCGCUGCUGUCCUACCCCUACGAGAAGCUGAAGAUGUCCUCGGAUGACGGAGUGCGCAUGCUCUUCCUUGACUUUGGAGGAAAGGAGGGGGAGAUUCAACUGGACCUCCACUCGUGUCCGAAGCCGAUCGUCUUCAUCCUCCACUCCUUCCUCUCUGCUAAGAUCUACCGCCUGGGUCUCGUGGCCUGACCUCUCCAAAGAGACUUGUACUCUCUUUUGAAAACAGAAGUCCACGUCGUUUCUCCACGUCAAACUCCAUCAGUCGGGUCCCCAAGCUCAGUUGAAUGUAGCCUCUAUCUGGAAAUUGAUCUCAAACUCCAAGUUAUUGACACACAGGAGAAACCAACCCAGGUAGAGUUUGAGUCUACCGGACUGUUUUUGGGGAUAAACCCUCCCUUUACGGGCUGCAUAGACUGAAGGGUUGACGGAAGAACCGCAGAAGAAAACCUGGACUGGACUGCAAGGAGAGGGAUGAUGUAUACAGACGGAUUGGGCAUUACUGUCAGAAGGACUGGACGCGAUUGAGAUGAAUUCACUUUUAAUUCAAUCAAAAAAGUAAUAGCAAACUGCCUUUCAUUUCCCAAUUGUAUCAUUUAUUCACCAUUCGCUCAGAAAGGACAUUCUGAAUUUCACUCAUCAUUUUUCUUCGGCGAACACUUGAGACGCUGUGGAGACACGUAAUGCAUUUGUCUUUGUUAGCGUCCCCUGAGUCGUCUUGUUAGCGGUGUCAUCAUUCAUCACUGAAACUGGUCGGCUCAGUCGCCUGCACGGCCUCCACCAAUGUGACAGCUGACUCAAAAUUCAAAAUGUCCCCGUACUCUUUUGAGAUGUUGCAUACAGGGGCCAUCCGGUCGUUAAAGUAUUUCAGUGUUUGACUGAUUUAUCUGAAGUCAGUUCUAAUCUUUUCAAUAAUUAACAUGAAUUAUAACAUACACAACAAGCAUUCCAUGUAUUCUUUAUCUCUUAGAGAGAGCGGAAUAGCUUGUUAUGGAGAAACAUGCAAUUUGAGUUAUAUGCACAGCAGUUUAUGAUGAGGAUUGAAGAUGCAUAUGUUUAAUGUAUCCCUAAUAGUUCCACAACCAAAGAAUGUGAAGGAUACUUUGGUAAACACGUUUUGAACAGAAACUUUAAUGCAAUAGUUUGAUCUUUUAGGGAAAUAUGCUUUUUCACUUUCUCACUGAAAGUUUGAUAACUUUGUUUCAUGGCAACAGUGGAAAUAGAGAGAUGGAUAAUCUAUUUAAUCAGACAACUUUAGAGUGCUAGUAGGUUGAUUUUGUACUGUAACUUAGCUGUUUCUUGUAUGAUGAGCUAACCCGCUACUGGUUAUGGUCUUAUAUUUAAUGAACAGAUAUGAGAGGGAUACUUAUCUUUUUCCCAAAAUGUUGAACUAUUCCUCAAAGGGUCUGCAGCCUCACUCCUUCUUUUAUUUUAGAGUGGGUUGGGAACUGUUGAUGAUUAAUAGCCUGAUUUAAUUAACUGAAUUUAUUUUAUGGUCUCUGAGGAAUGAAUGAACUGACGAAAGCCAUCUGUCAGGAGUACUUCUAACAUUCAUAUUUUGAAAACUGAAACUCAAGCCAACGGUGCCACAAUCUCCCCAUCAAGUAUUAUUUGUAAUAAUAGAGAUAGGUCUUCAGUGCAGGACUCAUGUUAUGCAGCAGAUCAAACCUAUACACUGUUCUGUCUCUGAGGUAGCCGGCUGCUGGGUCUUUCCUCGUGCCUUGAGAUGACGAAGAGGAGCACAUUUAAAAUGUAAGAGGAAGUAAUCAUACAGUUGAGAUCACAGGAUGUAGCAACAGUGUGACUUCUAUUUUGGGUACCUUUCUCCUGGUUUAGGAGCACAGAAAUGCUCAACUAGCAGAUGUAUUGGGUUUGCUCUCUUGUUCAUAUCAAACACACAUUUCCAAUGUACACACACACACACACACUGACACUGUGAACUAUGAUUGACACAUAAUGUAAACCCACCACUCUCUAGAAAAGACUUGUGUUCAGCCAAGAUGCCAGCACUGACUUAUAACCUCAAGUGAAGAGAAGCUCGUGGAGCGAAAGUUGCUUUGAUAUGUAGAAUACUCGGAUGCCUUUGGCAGCUCCUGUAGUGUCAUUCACAACGACACACCUAGUUUUGAACCCAAACGGUGCACAUAAAAGUCAUAAAUCAUCUAUUUAACAAAAGCAAAAUGAGUUUAUUUUUUUAUUGUCUUCACUUGUUGUUUAUUCAUUUCUCAACAGCAAAUACGAUUGAAGAGAAGAAGCCUGGAAAACAUUGACGUUACAUUUCCCUUAAAGUGCAUUAAAAUGUAAAUUUCUUUGACAAUUUGAGUGCUAACGAUACUUGUUUUUAUGAGUAGGAUAUUAAACCAUUCCCUUUUAAUUUGAA